AUGUAUGCACUCACUUUGACUGCUGAGCUCAAUGGAGUGACGAACUUGCGGCCCAAGGAUACCGCCGAAGAUCCAUUCUGGUAUACCUUCACCGUACAGUGUACAUCCUGCCGCGAGACGCAUCCCAAUGCAGUCAGCGUCAGCAGAUUUUUUACUGACUUCAACCAGGAGAUGAACGAGCUGAGCGGCAGCAGAGGCGAAGCGAAUUUCGUGUGGAGGUGCAAAAACUGCAAGAGAGAGUCAUCCUGCUCCAUCAAGACCACGCCCAAGCCUUACCAACAGAAGGAGCCGGCAACACAGCAAACCGUCAUCGAAUUCGACUCCAGAGGCCUGGAGUUCACUUCCUUCUCUCCCGAGGGUGAAUGGCUAGCAGAUGGUUUGGAGUCUGGUACGAAGUUUGAGGGCAUCGACUUAGGGGAGGGUGAAUGGUACGACUAUGACGAGAAGGCCAACGAUGAAGUCAGCAUCAAGGAAUUCAAGUGGGACAUCAAGAGAGCUUAA